CUUCUGCUCGGCACAAUCUCACCUCCCGUCUCUGCAUUAUACAACAACAACAACAACAACCGAGCCAAUCUCUCCACUCAUCCAGCACUCUGCUCUCAGCCCCUCGACUCCUCACCACCACCGGGACGGCAAGCAGCCGCUCUCCUAUCCAAACCCCCGACCAACCCGCCUCAGCCCUCCCUCCAAUAACCCCGAAACAUCAACAAAAAGCAAAAAUGCUCUCCCGCGCGGCGCGCCCAGCCCUCCAAACAACCCUCCCCGUCCUCCGCGCCCGCUCCGCCCGCAACUUCUCGGUACUGCGGAGUCUACGCAGCCUCGGCCGCGCCAUGGAGCCGCACCCCUUUGAGCGCCUGCCGGUCGCCAGCCGCCCGGCGCCCGCCGACUGGGGCCGCCUGGCGCGGCGGGCUGGUAACCAGGCUGUUCUGUUCUUCCCUUUGGGAGUGGUGCUGCUUGGGUGGCCGUAUGUGGGGAAGGUCCUGCUGGAUGGGAGGAUCUAAGCGGUGGGUGAUAUUGGGAGAUGGAUUCAUCAGGGUUGGUUGGGCAUAUACAUUUCUGGAUAAGGUGGCUGGCGUUUGUUUGUUUUGAGUGUCACUGAACGGGGUUGGAUAAAGAGAAGGGCUUUUAGACUUCGAGAGGUUCUCCAUCCGCCAGGCCAGUCGAGCCUGCGGUCGACAUUGCGAUCUGGGUGAGACAGAUUCCAGUUGGCAAUAAAAACACAAGCAUGAAAUUGGCAAAAA